AUGGAGUCCCGUGACAUGAUAGUCUAUACCUUGAACACUCCGGACUGCAACAAAGUGAGCAUAACUCUCGAAGAGCUCGGAUUAAAGUAUCAAGUUCGCAAGGUCAAUGUGUCCAAAGGCGAGCAGAAGGAGCCUUGGUUCACUGAAAUCAAUCCAAAUGGACGAAUACCUGCACUGGUCGAUCAGCUUCCGGACGGCUCCACGAUCAAACUGUUUGAGUCGGGGAGUAUCAUGCAAUAUCUAACAGACCGCUACGACCAGGAGCACCGCAUUUCUUUUCCGCGAGGUACCCCAGAAUACUACGAGACUGGCAACUGGCUCUUCUUUCAAAACGCCGGGGUCGGUCCAAUACAGGGACAGGCCGUCCACUUUCUUCGCUACAACCCGGUAAAGAUGGAAUACUCGACGUCACGCUAUAUCACCGAGACUCGCCGUCUCUAUCGUGUGCUCGACAAGCAUCUUGCAACGAGAGAUUACUUGGUGGGAGGGAAAUGCACCAUUGCCGACAUUGCGCACUGGGGUUGGAUCACAGCGGCCUUUUGGGCCGGCGUCGACCUCAGUCAGUUUCCGAACCUGGCUCGGUGGGAGAAGAGAAUGCGGGCUCGUCCGGGUGUUCAGAGGGGAAAGGAAAUCCCCGACAGGCAUUGGAUCGACGUAGUCACCGAGUCUCCGGAGAUGAUACAGAUGGUAGAGCGAGAAAACGCCAAGUGGAUACAAGCAGCACAGGUUCAAAAUGCACAAUUGUAA